UUGGCCUCACGCUCACGGCUUUUCGCGCUUCCCCAAAUCGGCCUUUUUCCCACCACCGUACCGCACCGCCCGCUAUGUCGUCUUCCCACAGUGAAAAGUUGUCACCAUGAGGAGCGGAGAAUCCAAAACCUCUUGUCUUCCAUUCUCUUCAAUUUCUAACCCUAAUCUGCUCGCAGAUUGAGAAAUGGAGCCGUCUCUGCUAGAACGGUGCCGCCGCGAUCGCCGCCAGCUCUUGAGCUUUAUACUCUCUUCAGGUUUGAUAACGGAGGUUCGAACACCGAGUGGCUCCGCCACUACCUCCUCCAUCUCCGGCCCUGAUCUCGAUAUUCUCAGCGCCGAGUACGUCCUCGAGUGUAUCCAAUCCGGUGGGGUGCUUGACAUCUCAAAAGCGACUAAAAGGUACUAUGAAGAAUUUUCAUAUCCCGCAAUGAUACGCUCCCAGUCAGGGAAUUCCUACUUUUUCCUUUCAGAUCCUGAGUCAGCUGGAUCUCCUCCUCAGCAUGCACCUCCUCCAGUUAAGGGGGACCAGACUAUUAGUCAUGUAUCAAAUUCAUCCAAUCUGCUGGAUCCUUUGGUUCACGAAAAUGUUGCUGUAUCUGGGGUCAAAUAUGAUGCCAUUAGGAUGUCACAUUCAAAACCAGUGAAAAUAAUAACUGUUCCUCCAUUAGGAUUGCCUCCCUUGAAUACAGGAAUAUCAGAUGAUGACUUGAGGGAAUCAGCCUUUGAAAUAUUGCUGGCAUCUAUGAUAUUUUCUGGUAUCGAGAUUCCUGCUGUUGAAGUUAAAAAGAAAGAUAAGAGCUCUAAUCUUCUAUCUGGACUGAAGAGUAAAAGGGAUAGAAAAUAUGCGCGAUCUCAGCUUCCGGGAGGCCAUUCAGAUCUCCUCAACACCAUUCGCAUGCAAAUGCAGAUAUCGGAAGCUGUCUAUUUGUGCACCAUGCAAAGGCUGAUGCAGUUGGCUUCCACAAAAAUGUGUAAACGGAUGGACAUCCCUCAGAUUUCCUUGGGGCUCUUGACUGGCAUGUCCCAGUCUGAUUUUCCAAAUGAGAAGUCCUAUGCUCAAUGGAAAAGGAGACAUGUAAAUACUCUUGAAGAACUCUUAUGUUCUCCUGACAAUAGAAUAGCUGAACAGCAAAAAAUUGGACCCUUGCUUACAAAAGUAAAAAAUUCAAAGGAAUGGGGCAUUGCAGUGUCCCCUUCUGAACGUGCAGAGAUCCUAUCAGUGGUUACAGAGGUGGUUUUAAAGUUGUCUGCUCCAUCACGAUUUGGUGUUCAUGAUGAAACCUACUAUUGGACUGUUGGCUAUCACUUGAACAUUAGGAUUUAUGAGAAGCUGCUCUUUGGCUUAUUUGACAUUCUGGAAGAAGGGCAGCUCAUAGAAGAAGCUGAUGAGGUCAUGAAGCUGAUGAAGUUGAGCUGGUCUACUUUAGGCAUUAACGAGAAAAUUCAUAAUGCAUUAUUUGGAUGGGUGCUGUUUCAACAGUUUGUCCGGACUGAUGAAGCAGUUCUUCUAGAUUAUGCAAUUCUUCAAGUGCAGAAAGUUUUAUCUGCUGACAGUAAUAAUGAGGAGGAGGAGCAAUAUAUGAGCAGCUUAACAUGUUUAACAGAAUAUAACAGUAAAGGGACAAAGUUAAAUUUGGUCCAGGCUCUCUUCUUUUCAAUGAGUGUGUGGUGUGACAGUAAACUUCAAGACUAUCAUCUGCAUUUUUGUCAGAAACCUUGCUUCUUCAGAAGGGUAUUGACCUUGGCAUUAGCAGUUGGAGAUUGUUCUUUUAAUGAAUGUCAUGAAAUCAAGUUUAAAAAAUCUGAUGCUUCAGAUGAGAUUGUCAGUAGGAAGCUAAGAACAUAUGUGGAAACAUCCAUCAAAGCUGCAUGCUAUCGGGUCACACAGACCAUAGAUCUUGAAUCUAAAAUAGAAAAGACACAUCCUUUGGCUCUACUUGCAAACAAACUGAGGUUGAUUGCUGAGAAGGAGCUGAAUUUAUUUUUCCCACUGCUACGACAGUGGUACUCUGAAGCUGGGAAGGUCUCAGCCAUUCUGCUGCACCAAUUUUAUGGAGAAAGACUGAAACCAUUCCUCAAGGGAGUAUCAUGUCUUAGUGAAGAUGUCAGGUCAGUACUUCCUGCAGCUGAUAAGUUGCAGCAUGACCUGACUUGGCUCUAUACCUCUGCGCAUGAAGAUAAUGCUUCACAUUCUCCUUGCAAUUUACAGUUUGAUCCUUAUCAGAUUGGAGAAGUCUCAAAGCCAAUUAUUCUUGACUGGAUUGUUGCUCAGCAUGAUCUCAUCUUGGAAUGGACAGGACGUGUUUUUGAUCUUGAGGAAUGGGAGCCUUUGUCACAUCAGCAAAAGCAUGCAGCAUCAGCAGUUGAACUUUUCAGGAUCAUAGAGGAGACUGUGGAUCAAUUAUUUGGCUUAAGUCUCUCACUGGAUAUUGCACAUUUACGAGCUCUUCUGUCUAUAAUUUUCCAUACUUUGGAUACCUAUUUGCUGAGAAUGGCCAACCAGAUAGUUGAGAGACACCAUCUAUACCCUUCUGUUCCUUCUUUGACACGGUAUGAGGAGACAGUCUUUCCUGUAACAAAGAAAAAGUCGUAUGGUAGUGUGCUUCUUGAAGAGGAAGUCAAUGAUAAAUUGAAUGCACUGACAAUCUCAACGCUCUGCAUCAGAUUGAACACUCUUCAAUAUAUUCAGAAACAGGUUAACAUGCUAGAAGAUGGAAUUAGGAAAUCAUGGGCACUUGUUGGACAAUAUGAAAAUCAAACACAGUCCAAGGAAAAAUCCCUAGAGCCUUCAAAGAGCCCUGACCGGAGAAGUAUUGAGUUGGUUGAUGAGCUAUUUAUUGCCAACUUUGAUAGCAUCAAGGACACUGCUGCUGAUACAAUCAGGGAAAUCUGCGACUUCACAGGAGCAAAAGUUGUGUUUUGGGAUUUGAGAGACUCGUUCCUGUUUCAUUUAUAUUGUGGUAGCGUUGAAGGUGCUCGCUUGGAUAAUAUUCUUCCAUACUUUGAUACUGUCCUCAAUCAUAUAUGUGGUUCAAUUGAUGACAAUCUCAGAGAUUUGGUGGUUUCAAGCAUUUGCAGAGCAUCAAUGGAAGGCUAUGUUUGGGUAUUGCUGGAUGGAGGCCCUUCUCGUGCAUUUUCAGUUUCGGAUAUCUCAAUGAUGGAAGAUGACCUUAAUAUGUUAAAGGAUUUGCUUGUAGCUGAUGGAGAAGGCCUUCCACGUUCAUUAGUUGAGAAGGAAGCUAGUUUUGCCCAUCAAGUUUUAAAUCUGUUCUCCCUUCAGACUGAAUCUGUAAUCCAAAUGUUGAUGAGUUCAAGCGAACACAUUGCAGCUGGAUGGGAUUCGCGCAAUGAUAGAUGCAGGUACCUAGGGGAUGCCCACACCUUAAUCCGUAUAUUAUGUCAUAAGAAAGACAGGGAAGCCAGCAAGUUUUUGAAAAGGCACUACCAGCUUCCUGCAUCUUCAGAAUAUGAUGAUACUCCAGCCGAAUCAAAUUCAAAAUCACCUCUUGGAGCUGAUCUUACAAUGCGGAGCAGGUCUUUCCAUUGGUCUGAGAAGGGCAGCACCAGUUUCAGAUCAAUAAAGAAAAAGCUUAAGGAAGCAACAUCAGAUGUCAGACAUGCAGCAUGGUGACCAUAUUGCAAGAUGUGGUGACUGCUCAUACGAACAUUCAUAUUUUGGAUCUUUUCUCUAUUUGUCAUGGUAUUAGGGUUUCUCGAAGGGUUAGAUUGGAAAUUGAGAGAGUGCGGGGAAGAGAGAGCAAAAAUGAAGAGAGAGACAGAACUGAAAUAGAGAGAAUUGAGGGGCAAUAAGGCAAAAAGAGAGGGAGAAUAACAAAAAUAGAGAAAAUACAGAGAAAUCAGAAAAGAAUGAGAGAGAGAGAGAGAGAGAUCAAAGUUGACAAAAAAACAAAAAUUCAAUUAUCAUUUCACUUAAUGACUAAUCCUCUAAGUUACGGUCUAUUUAUACACUUUUUAGGUAAAUGUACAAAUCAGUAAAGUAGUAAAAUACAAAUAAGCUUUUUAGGUAAAGGUACAAAUCAACAAAGUAACAAAAUACAACAAAGAAAAAAAAUAUGUAUUGGAUAAUUCCUAAUAUAUCUUUGGUUGUG